ACUUCCGGUCGAGACCUGUGGAGUCGCUGACGUCUUCACUCUUCCGGGUUUACAAAUCUAGGUUAGUUUUUGCUUUGAGGUUACUUUAAUAGUUGUGCGUACGAACAGCGGUCAUGGCGGCUAUGAAGGUGUGUGUCUUCCGAAGGUUCGUGAUGCUUUUCAGUCUCAUCAUUUUACUCGCGAUUGUUCUGUUACUUGGACGAGAGGGAUAUUUGAGGCAAGUUACAGAGCCACGGCCCCUUUCUGUGGAAGAGUACAAGCUGCUGCGCCCCGAAACGUACUCCUAUCUUCUCAAUCAGCCUGACGUUUGUAAGAAAAGAAGUCCCUUCCUGGUGUUGAUGGUCCCAGUGGCACCUCUGGAUUUGUCGGCAAGGGAUGCCAUAAGAGAAACGUGGGGUGCUGCAGGUCAGGACACCAUAACACUGUUUUACAUUGGCGUGCCUAAAGCGGGGCAAGUGAGAAGAAUACAGGACAUGCUGGAGGUGGAGAGCAAGAAAUAUUCAGAUGUCAUCCAGAUGACCUUCGUGGACAGUUACCAGAAUCUCACAAUCAAAAGCAUGAUGAUAAUGAACUGGCUAGCAAACUACUGCCCCAACGCCACCUAUGCCAUGAAGGUGGAUGCUGACAUAUUUGUGAAUGUAUUCUACCUCAUCAGAAUGCUGAGGUACUCUCCCAGGAGCAAUUACAUUACAGGAUCUGUAGUAGCCCAUGCCAAGCCAUCGAGAAACCGCAAAAGCAAGUGGCACAUGUCAGAGCAGCUGUACCCUGAAGACCGCUUUCCUACAUAUUUGUCAGGUGCUGGCUAUGUCUUCUCAAUAGACUUGGCCGCCAAGGUCUCAUGGGCUUCCAAGUUUGUCCGAUGGAUCCCUAUAGAGGACGUCUACAUAGGAUGGUGUCUGCGCGUGCUUGGUGUAAGGCCUGUCUACGCAAUAAAAUGGCUGCAAUUCAUCAACCUCUUUGAAACCGAUCAUUUGGACUAUGACAGGUGCACUUUUGCCAGACGUGUUAUCAUCAACAGCUUUCGGCCUCCCCAAUUGCGACAACUUUGGAAAGAUUUCUCAAAAGGCUAUAAAAGCUGCUGGUUUUGACCAAUGACUGCUUCUGAGCUGGAUAUCUGUCAGCAUUUGGAACAACCAAGGGUUUAAGUGGAUGCAGAGAUAGU